AUGUUUCAGGCAGUCACAGCGCUGUGGCUACUGGUGGCUACUGUGUACUGGUGCCCCGCGGUCACCGCGAACACGUUCCGACCAAACAGUAAACAGACACUUCCACUCAAACGAUAUGACGACACUAAAGUUGGUGAAUGUGAGAGCGUGGUGGCGACGGAGCGGGGCGCGGGGCGUCGCGUCGCGUCAGAUUCGCGAGGAGGCUUCCGCGGGCGGGGUCAGCGACCUCGCCCCCCGCGCCGGCGCGCCCGCCAAUGUCAGGGCCGGUGCAGCCGCGGUCAGCUGACGUCUGGGGACGCGCGGGGGACGCGACGCCGGCCCCGAGCUGCAGUCGACUCCCGGCCGGCCGCCGAGACGCACGCUCUCCGGCACACUCGCGCUAUAAAUAGGAGCAGGCGACGGCAGCGCGCGCUACUCCGGCGCCGGGCUGUGCUUACGAGUCAGGUACCUGAAGUAGCGCGCGCGGCCGCCGCCACCGCGCCCGCCAGCAGAACCAGUCCAGUAGCCCAGCCGCCGCACGCCCAUUGUACUUCAUCAGGUGCUCUGGUGAUGAUGGUUCCAGGCGCUUGUUGGAGUACACUUACCGUGUCGGCGGUAGUCGUCGGGCGCGUCGGAUGUGUGGACACGUGGUGUGGAGCACGUGGCCAGGGCGAGGAGGUGAGUAGCCGAGCUGCGAGGAGACAAAGGCUGCGGUGAGUCACGCGGUAAUCACGGCGCCGGUUGUCGACCGCUGCAGGCUGCACUCCCCGCCGCACCCUCGCCCGCCCCUCCCUCGCACCACCCUCGCACCUAAAAUCGCACGUACCUACAUUUGCAUUGGUCAUCGAACUCCCCACCGAAAGAUAUGAACAAAAGCAGCUCAAACUGGUUUUCGCAUGUUUUUCGACAGCAGCCGCCAACCGGCGCCGCGCCGUUUUCCUGUACGAAUUAUGCUCUGUGUCCGUUCUGUGUGUCAUCACCAAUUUUUCAGAGGGACUCGCAAAAGUGUGUUCAGUAUUAAAAUUGAGAAGAUUCCAUGCUAAACAGUGUCUGUAGCGCUGGGAGGAGUGUCCAGGUCGCAGGCUGCGCCCAGCAGCCGAGUCCGUGCGGACGGCUUGUUACUAAUUUCCCACUACAGUCGUUACACUUCAUGUUUGCUAGUCGAAUUUCGCGUGACGUCAGAUAGACGCGUACAUAUUUUCCACCAGCGUCGUCUCUACCAAGGUAAUUUCGAAACGUUUAUUGCUUUACUUUCGAGUGCGAGUCGGCACCGCAACGAUAGGUUUGCGAAAAUUGUGCUGGUACGAAAUUCGACUGUAUGUACCUUUCCAUAGAGAUCGGAUUGCGUGCAGUUUCACGUAAAUGUAUCUUUGUCAAGAUAAAUAAUAAUGCAAACAGCCAAUAAAAAUACAAGUCUCGGGUGGAUGACUCAGAGGAAUGCGUCUAAUUGUUGAAGUGAACACAAAGAAUUUAUCGUGUUAGAUUUCAAAUUAAAGUGAAACGCAGUCGAGUUGCGCUGGUACUGUCAAUCGUUAAUGUCGACUUAAUAGGUGCCUACGCAAUCCUCACACGAUACUUCUGGAAAAUUAUCAUUCCAAUAGUCUACGAACUGUUUCCUAAAAUAUGAAAGUUAUAAAACGAAAUUUCCCAAUGAAAAAAGGAGUGUUAACUUAGGAUUGCCUUUUUAGAGUUGUGGUUCGAGUGUCUUACUUACCCUUCAAACGUUUGACCUUCAGGAGAGCUGUAGCUAUCUAAAAUUGGCACACAAAUAAAGCGUUAUUGAGAGGCUAAACUUCGAAUUUAAAUUACCAAAGCGAAUUUGUCUACACUAAGUUUGUAAUAAAGUUAUAUUUCUGCUAGGCCUCCAACCUUGGAGUGACGACAUAGGCUGUACGUCAGUGUUGUCCAGACAUGUCUAUGUGUUGAGCGUCGCACGACAAAGUUGACUAAUGACUCAGACCUCUGAAACUGCUCGCUUCUCGAACUUAUGGCCUGUGACUCAAUCAUUUUCUGCUAUACCUAAGUAAUGUUAUAUUUAUAGUAUUGAAACUGUUGGGUUUCAUGUACGCUGUUGUCUUUAUGCCCAUUUUGCUCUGUUGCUAAGCAACGUCG